CCUCCUCCAUGUCUCCACUCACAACAACACCCCUGAGAGAUUGCUGGGACUUUGCAUCAAAAAUGGAAGAGAUGCUGUCACUUGUGAAACAAAUGCAAAAUGUGGGAAAUCUAGAGCCGAGAAUAGAAGAUCUAAUAAAAAGAAUUAAUAAAUUGCAGCAAGCUAAGAAGAUAUUAAAUGAAGAGAUCUCUGAGGCAAAUGAACAUAGUAAAACACUUCAGAGGGAGCUGGAAAAGUUAAAUGCUGAGAAAUCAAGCCUUGAAGAAAUAUGGAAUGAGAAAAAGGAGAUCAGAAAAGUCAUGGAGUUGCACUCAAAGGAGGUAGAAGCUGAAAUGCAGAGGGAGCAGAAAUUGAACCUGGGCUGUAAGCAACAAAUUGAAGAACUCACUGCCAAGAUCCAGGUGGAAAAACUGAAGCAGAGGGACCAGAGAUUGGCAUUUGAGCAGUUACUUGAUGAGUUGAUGGAGAAGCACAAGAAUCUCUGGGAACUUUAUGCCAGGGAGAAACCAGUGGCUGACAUGAGAGACAGUAAGGAGCAGUUGCUAAAUGAAGAAAAACUAAUCCAGGAGAAACUGGCUCAUGUUCAAGAUGAAUUGGAUUUGCUGAACCAGGCUGCAUUCAGUGAAGAAAGGAAGUUCCUGAAAAGCCGGGAAGCUGCAUCUGCCUUAGAGUUAUUUCAGGAGGAAAACAAGAAAGCAAAAAAUUAUCUUGAAGCAGCCUUGAAGUGCAAUUCUGAUUUGCAACAGAAAUGCAGCAGACUAAAAACAGAGCUGGAGGUCAUGGGGAUAGAGGAUGGCAGCAUUAAUGAGGAUUAGCUUGCAGUCCACCAUACUGCAGCACAGGAUGAAAUGUUUAUCUGUACAGCAGGAGAAAUCAUCUCUUUGGAAUAUUGGAUGUCUUGUUUCACCCUUAAAUUUGUGGCAAACCAUUUGCUGUUAAUAAAUUCCUAUUACCU